AUCUGCCGAAGGACGGUCCACACAUCACAGGGGAAGAGAAGCAGUACCACCAGAUAGGAGACGAAAUCAGCCUAAACUGCACGUCGGGGAAGUCAUAUCCUGCCUCAGAGCUACAAUGGUUCAUCAACGACGAACAGGUGACCUCCCCCGAUGCCCUGGUGUCGUACCCAAACCUGGUGCACCAGCAUGGGUUGCUGGUUUCUACCCUGGGACUUCGCUUCACGGUGACAAGCAGCCACUUCGUGGAAGGCAGCAUGACGGUCCGCUGCGUGGCGAGUGUCUCGCCGAUCCUUUGGCAGGGGGACCGCGAGAGUGUCGUGCAGAGGGUCUCGCCACUCAUAGAGAACAACAUUAGGGAGGCCCUGCUGCUAGUGAAAGGGUCCUCCAGCCAGUGCAGUGCCUCUGUCGUCAUGGUUGCGGUCAUGACGUCACUCCUUCUCUCGACUGUCACGUGACUUGGUCAUCAUCUUUAAUCUGUUAACUACCACAACGUAACGAGUUUGAUUCACAUCAGAUUUCUCGGAUACAGAAAUUGACUCUAUCCCGUUCUAAGUGCUGAAGAGUUUCCUAAAUACUGAAGAAUACGUAAUCAGCAGUCCUGAAAGGGUGUCGAUUAUCACAGAAAUCUAUAGUAAAGUUUAAAUCGAGUGGAAGGGGUUUGUCUUUCUCAGUUAGAUCUCAUGUGAUAUUUAGCAUGGAUGAUUUGCCAAUGUAAUUGAUACAGAUUUUCAUACAAUAAAAAUCCGCUCUCAAGAAUAUCAACUGAAGAUAAAAUACUGUAGGUGGACGCUGUGGAAAAUGUGGCGAGUCAUUGUCAAAUUUAAAUCCUGUAUCAGGCCAAGUUCGUUCUGUUCCCUUUUAUACUCGACAAAUUUUCUCGGUGAUUGACAGGCAUCAGCUUAAUUUUUAAAGCCCUUAAAUCGUAUUUUAUUUUAAUUUAUCGUCAUAACUUAAUGUGCUGUAAUAUUUCAGGAAACACGUACUCUGCCGAGAACAGGAACUACUAAAAUAAUUUUCGACGCUUAAGGAAAGUAGUCGCAAUAUGUGGCAACAGGGUGCUGGGAAUGUAGCACGCAUAGGGCAGAAUAAAACAUUUAAUCUGAAAUCAUGAAGGGAAGAAGCCACGUGAGGCUUCUUUGCGUUUGUAGCAUGUUAAUAUUAAAGUUUAUCUUAUAAAUAAUUUUUUGUGACGUAUGGACUGAAUUUGUUUGACAUUCGGGUUUAAUGAAAGGAUGAGAAUUUGUUGACUGAGAUACUGUCACCUUAUCGAAAAGGGAUCUAUUGUGUAAUCAAUUCAAUUUUUUUACCUUGGUGCAGACUAUAUAUAUAGAUAUAAGGAUGAGGAUAGCUCAUCCAAGUGACCCAGCAGAUAGGCUUUCUGCCCUCUUCUCCCUUUCUUACCUGAAGAAGGAAGCCUAAUAUAGCUUCCGAAACGUUCUAAUUUUAUUAAUUUAUCAUUCGGAAGAUCGUAAAUUUCAGAAGAACAAUCUUACAUACUCCAACAAAUUGUCUUCAGGAUCCAUUACACUUGGACAAUUUAAUUCAGGGCUGAGAAGAUUCCGUGUUUAAAAUAUUGUUUUACAGAAUCUUACAGUUUAAUCCAGAUCGGGCCGUUUACUAAAUUUGAAACUCAUUUGUCUUUAUAUAUGUGACUAGUAAACAAAUAUGUUAUGCCAUAUCAAAUGAAUCCAGCUGUAAGGUUACGCGAAUCGUAAUCUGGGUGUUAGUAUCAUGAAGCUGUAGGGAAUCACUGCUGCCUUAGUCUUCAAGGUAACCCUUGUUACUUGUUCAAAGGUUGGUGGUAAAAGUUACUGAUUUUUUAUUCAUGAUACCAUUAAAAAUCUAGACAAUGAUCAGUUCAAGAUUGAGAGCUAGAAAAUGUUAUAUUUCUGACAUUAUUACAUGUACGUGUCUAAAGUACUUCGUGAAACUAAUUGGAAAUCUGAAUGUUAGUGAGCGAUAUAAUAGUUUAAUCAAACGGGUUUGGGCAUGAGUUUUAGAAAAAAAAAACAUAGAAAUGAUAUCGCGUGCAGUGGACAGCUGAAGGAACAUUUUACCACAGCUCAGUGAGUGUGAAUGUUCAGAACUUAUGGAUCGUCUCUGUCCGUGAUGAAAUUCUGUUUCUAUUAUUCUAAUCCAGGGAGGUAACAUCGUAUAUUCUCAAACCAGAACAAAACGAUUUAGCAGCGAAAUGGUGAGCAACGUUACAGAAUUUGAAUUGUUCCUUGUAAGGCGAUAUGAAUAAUACUGACGCAUGUAGCAGUCGGGAUGUCAGUUUUCUGUACACAAAAGACGGUUGUGUUUUCAAG